AUGGUAGGAAACAUCUUCACUGGUGAUGUUAACAUGAACCAAAAUCUGCCACAGGAGUCUCGCUCUACCUCAGUGAACAAAAAUGAUGUUCUUCAGAACAUAAAGGAUGAGAUGAAAUCAAGAAUGAUGGAGGACUCUGAAUGGAUUUUUGAGGGCAGUGCAUCAAAGUCAGUCUCUCUGAAAAAGGUCUACACACAGCUGUUCAUCAUCAAUGACGACUCGGACCCCAUCAAUACAGAACACGAGAUCUGGCAGAUGGAGACGACGCAUGAUUUAGACACAUCAGCACAGACAGUCAUCAACUACAAUCAAAUCCUUCAGCCACCAACAGGCGAGAACAGAAUCAUAAAGACCGUUUUAACUAAAGGAAUUGCCGGAAUUGGGAAAACGCUCACCGUGAAGAAGUUUAUCCUCGACUGGGCAAGCGGAGAAUCAAACCAAGAUCUAGACUUUGUGUUUCUGCUUCCGUUCAGAGAGCUGAACUUGGUUACGGAAGAAAAGAGUCUUUUUGACCUGAUCUGUGUGUUUUACGCUGAGUUUGGAGAGGCGAGAGAGAUCCCUGAUUGGAUCUGCAAUAGGAAAGUUCUGUUCAUCUUAGAUGGUCUGGAUGAAUAUGAAAAGGAUUUGAACUUUCAGAGUAACCUUUUGUCAGAUGUGACUAAAGAGGCCACAGUGGAUGUCCUUCUAGUAAACCUUCUACGAGGAAACCUGCUUCCAUCCGCACGUGUGUGGAUCACCAGCCGUCCCGUCGCAGCUAUACAGCUUCCGACUGACAUCUUCAGAAAGGGGAACAUCACACAGAUCAGAGGAUUCAGAGAUGAGCAAAAGCAGGAGUACUUCACCAAGCAUUUUAAGGAUCCAGAGCCAAGAAAAGAAGUCAUCCGUCACCUGAAGUCUCAAAAGAGCCUGUGGAUAUUGUGCCACAUACCUCUGUUUUGCUGGAUUUCAUCAGUUGUUCUCGAAGACAUCAUCAGAAGUCAAAAUAAACACAAAAACAUGCCAUCAAAUAUGACGGAAAUGUACAUCCACUAUCUGCUCAUUCAGACUGGGCUGAGCCACAAGAAAUAUCAAGGGGAAGAGCUGUCGCAAAAAGACGCUCUCCAGAAACAUGAAGAAGUGAUUAUGAAACUGGCAAAGCUGGCAUACAGGCAGCUGAAGAAACCAGAUGAAAAGAUUCUAAAGAAAGAUUAUGUCAUUUUCAAAGAAGAAGACUUAGAGAAAUAUAAGAUCUCUGUUGGUGAAGCGUCUCAGUAUGCUGGAGUCAUUACCUGUGACUCAAAACGCACAUGUCUUUACAAGACCGAACUUUACAGCUUUGUCCAUCUCAGUGUCCAGGAGUUCUUUGCAGCCAUGUUUGCAUUUCAAAAAUUUCUAGGAAGAUUUUCAAAAAAACAAGACUCCCUGAAAUUAAUUAAAGCUAAAAAGACACAGAAGCCUAAUUUGUAUGGUUUUCUCAAAAAUUUGACUGAUGAGGCAUUGGAAAGCAAAAAUGGACACUUGGACCUUUUUACCUGUUUUGUCUUUGGAAUUUCUUGUGAUUCCAGCAGACAGUUACUUGAAGGAUUCCUGCAUCCAAUCAGGAGCAAUACUUCAGAUGAUCACAGAAAAGUGGCCAUGUACAUUAAGUCCUUGAUGAAUAAAGGUCUGUCCCCUGAGAGAUGCAUCAGUCUUGUUCGUUGUCUGGUGGAGCUCAAAAGCCAGUCUUUUUUGCAAGAAAUGCAUAAACUUGAACGCUCACGGUCCACAAAGCCCCUCACACUGUUCCAGUGCUCGCUUCUGGCUUACCAGUUUGUGAUGUCAGAUACGAAACACGAUGAGUUUGACCUCAGGAAAUACAACAUCAACUUACACGGGUUUCAGAGAUUCUCCCUGGCCAUCACAUGCUUCACAAAGGCUCUACUCAAAGGAAGCAGCUUGACAGAGCAGCACUGUGAGAUCCUGAGUCAUUACCUGUCAUCACAAAACUCUCACCUGACUGAUCUCGAUCUGAGUCACAAUGGUCUGGGUCUGUCUGCACUGAAGAAACUUUCCAAGACACUCUGUGAUCCCAACUGCCAGAUUGAGGUGCUGAACCUGAGCCACAAUAACUUCCAGAGUCAGGACAUGGAGCUGAUCAGGGAUGUGCUUUCUGGAGAAAACAUGAAUCUGAGAGUCCUGGAUCUGAGCGACAAUCCUCUACAGGAUCCAGGAGUGAAAAUACUCUCAGCUGGACUGAAGAGCCCUCAAUGUCAUCUUGAAGUUCUGAAACUUUCAGGCUGUCAAAUUAAAAAGCUGGUGUCAUCUUUGAAAGUCAAUUCACAUCUAAAAGAGCUGGACCUCCGUUAUAAUGAUCUUGGAAACACUGGACAGGAGAAUCUACAGCAUAAGCUGCCCUCACUAAGAAUUUCCACUGGAGGAGAAUGCAGUCACAAACCAGGACUGUACAAAUAUUUCAUAGCGCUCACCUUUGACUCUCAGACGGCUAAUGACCACCUCUAUCUGAAAGAGAACAACACUGUGGUCACUUGUCAGACGAGGAAACAGCAACUUCCUGCUAAUGACGAGCGAUUCGAUAAGUGCAACCAGGUCCUGUGCUGCCAGCCGCUGAUUGGACGCUGCUUCUUUAUCGUGGAUGUGACUGGUCCAGUCGUGCAUGUGGGCGUGGCCUGUAAGGGAAUAAAGAGAAAGGGAAAGGGUGAUCAAGUACAUCUGGGACGCAAUAAGAUGUCGUGGAGUUUACGUUGCUCAAAAAUGUGUGAAGUUCAUCACAACAAACACGCUGUAUCAGUUCAGUCAGAGUCCAUCAGAAAACUGGGUGUGUUUGUGGACCGGAAUGCUGGUUCUGUUUGCUUCUAUAUGUUGAGUCCACAGUAUAAACUACUGUACAUGUUUGAUGCAGAUUUUCCUGAGGAUCAGGAGCUUUACGCUGCGUUCAAGAUUCAGGAGCCAAACAGCUCAGUCACUCUCAGUCAAGAAUCACAAUAA